GAAAUGAGAAUCUAAUUUUAGAACAAAGCACAUUACAUUCUGGCACGGUGCAUCAAGGAGUCUGUCUCUCAAUGUCGACAUGGCUAAGAAGCUUGAGUCUUUACUAGGCGAUCACGUCCUCCGUCAAACGGGGGACACGCUAGAACAGGUGCCCGUAGGGUCACUCUGCGGGGAGGGACGCGUGGUAGGGCUCUACUUCUCAGCGCAUUGGUGCCCCCCGUGUCGGAAUUUCACACCGGUCCUGGUCGAUUUGUACAAAAACGUGAAAAAAUCUGGCGACAAUUUUGAAAUUGUGUUUGUGAGUUGGGAUAAGGAUGAAUCGAGUUUUAAGGAGUAUUUUUCCUCAAUGCCAUGGACGGCGGUGCCAUUUGAUCCAAGGAAAAAGGCCAAACUGACCAAAAAGUUCCGAGUCCAGGGAAUCCCAAAGUUAGUAUUGAUUGACAGUGGGACUGGCAAAGUGAUUACAUGUGAGGGAUAUUCCUGUGUAAUGAAUGACAAGGAUGGUCAAGAGUUUCCAUGGAGACCCAAAAAGUUCAACGAAGUGAUUCAGGGGAGAUUACUAUGUAGUGAUAGAAAAGAAGUAGAUGCCUUAGAGAGCUUGAAAGGAAAACUGGUGUGCCUUUACUUCUCUGCGCACUGGUGCCCUCCAUGCCGUGCCUUCACCCCUAACCUUGUCAAACUUUACCAGAAGUUCCAAGAGGAGAAAAAGAAUGUGGAGAUUGUGUUUGUGUCGUCUGAUCGCUCAGAGGAAUCGUUUGACCAGUACUUCAAUACUAUGCCCUGGCUUGCUGUUCCGUUUGGAGAUUCUAGGGUUGACAAGAUGAAGAAUCUGUUUGCUGUGGAUGGUAUACCUAUGCUGGUUGUGCUGGAUGAGCAGGGAGAAGUCAUUACGCUGAAUGGACGGGGAGCAGUUAUGAUGGAUGAAGAGGGAAUAGAGUUUCCAUGGCAUCCCAAACCUGUAAAUGAACUAACUAGCAAUGCAGCAAUACAACUGAAUGAAUCUGCUUGUCUGGUCCUGUUUACAGAGGGAGAGGAUGAGGACAUAGAGUGGGCAUCAGAAGUCCUGACCGAGGCCGCCACUAUCGAACAUAACAAAGGGGAGGAUCAAGAACUCUUCUUCCUCUUUGGUGGAGACGAUGAAAUCUGUGACUCUGUGAGGAAUUUUGCCAAGCUUCCUGAUCCUUGUCCUCUGUUGGUUAUACUGGAUUUCCCGGAGCAGAAAGUUUACAAGUGUACAGAAAAAACAAUCUCCAGUGAUGUCGUCAAAGACUUCGUCCGGGGAUACUUCAGUGAAACACUGGAGCCAGUGGCUCUCAGAGGCCCUGAAUAGGCACAGGGAAGUUAUUGUAGCCCUGAAUAAGCACAGGAAGUCAUAUUGUUAAUGAAUUUGGGUGGGAAUAUACAGAACCUCCCUAGAUUAAGUUUUGGGGUAAGUGGGGAAUGGGAUAGGGAGGGAGGGAGGCACUGGGAUGGGAGGUGUCUCUAUAGGGGUGUCAACAUCAUGACACAGUGUUUAGUGUCUCCAAGUUGUAUGAUCUGUCUGUGUUUUUAUUUAGAAUGUUUGUUCAUGAGAUGAACUUUAUUGUGUGACCCAGACACUGUGUUAUAUAAUUUGAAUUACUGUCUGUUAGUGGGAACCACUGAUGUCCAUGUUCAGGAGGGAGGGGCUUGUACUACUACUAAUAUAAUAUCAGUACAGUGUAUGUGUGUUUUGUGUCCCAGGUUAGUUAAUUGUGGCAUGGAGUGUGUACAUGUAAUAAGUGUUUAACCCUUCUCUUGGUAUUAUCCAUCCAUUCAUAGGAAGAGUUAUUACAUUUAUUUUGUAAGGCCCCGUGCUUCGUCCAUGUAUUCAAGAUAUGAUGUGCUUUAUUUUUGUGAUUCCAUAGUUGAUUUAAUAAAUUUAUUAUUUCGUAUCAGAGUAAUUGAAUUUUAGGCUAUGAAUUUAUAUUAGGUCAUGUUCUUACAAAAUUUUGCAUUUUAUAUAUACAAUUCUGGCAAAUAAUAUUUUUACUGCAUUAUAUUGAAAUAUACAAUUCGUGUAUGGUGCAUUAUCUGAGUGUAGACUGGAUAAUUAUUUGUAUUUAUCUAACAAUUCUGUUGUAAACCAAUCAUAACUAUAACUGAAUUGUCACAAUUGACUAUUGGGUUUAUGCAAUAUAUUUUGUGAAAAGUUGAAUACCAGUUUAUGUACAGACUUUAUUUAGUGCUGAUUGUGCAGUCAUUGAUGUUUCAGUAUUACAUUGUUACAGUUACGACAACCAUUUAAUGGUCUACAUCUGUAAAUAUAGUGCUGUAUGAUACAUGUGUUGUGAUUAGUGUAUACAGGAGGAAGGUUAUCUGAUUAAUCUCAUGAGAAAGCUUACAGUCUUAAGGUAGUACCAGAUAGAUAUGUAAAAUUUCCCUCAAAGUUCAAUUUUUUGGAAACUUUUAAUAUUUUGUUCUAAGGAACAAAACCUCUUGCUUUGCAUGGUAUAAAGGAAAUUCUAGCUGUCUUAUCCUUUUUUUUCUCCACAUAGUUUCAAAUAUAGGGUAUGAGACCCCAGUUAUAAGAGUAGGGAAUUAAACAUUUGUGAUAAGAAUGUGCCCUAUGUAGAAAUUAUCUACAGAGAUUUUACAAAAAUUAAUACUAUACUUUUUUUGAAACUGACCUAUUUGGUGCUGAAUCUCAACAAAAUAUAUUGUAAUUGAAAUGUUUGUGUACACCACAAUGUACAUUAUUACAUGGCUUAUCAACAGCAAAUCUUAUAAAAAUGCUAAUUUGUGUGAAGAUCUCUAAAAAGGAAAUGCAUAAUUCAAAUUAAAAAAAAAAUCAACAUACUAAAGGAACAUUUUAAUGAUACAGAAAUUGAUAUACAGAUGUACAUGUAUUUUAGAAUAAAGAAAAUUCAUCCUAGGAUUUGGGAUAUUUUGGACCUUUUUAGAAAAUUUCAUUAGGAAAAAAAUUGACACAUUCAGCAGAUGACAUCAUCAUUACAUUUGACCUUGACCUUCAUUAUGUUUUCAGACAAAAGUCUAGACUGCUUUUAAAAAAUACAUGUGUCCAAAUUUCAGAUCUCUACUUGCUAUGCAACAAAAGAUAUACAAUAUUAUUUUAUCAUAGACAGUUACUUGUAAAUCUCACAAUUUGAAAGACGGAAUAAUAUUGCAUUAACAUUUAGACUCCCAGACUUCCAAUAUAUUGGAUGUCUCCAACAUUUUUCACAAUACACAAAAUACAUGUCGUGUAUUAUAUAAGUUUGUGCAGAACAUCAUCAAAUAUUAUUAUGAUGGAGAUUUCACUUAUUAAUUUAAGGAAUUUAGGAUAUUGGUGAAAACUGAUUUUACAGGUGUUUGGUACUAUCUUAAUUGGACCAGCUUCACGUAUUAAUUUUAUAUUCCUACACUCGAGAAGAUCUGAUUUUAAUUUGAUUAGAUAGAUAUGUAGACAUUUGAAAUGUCAGUGCUUUUUUGUGCCUCAAUCUCAUACAUGUAAAAUUUCUGUAUUUAUUUGAGUAAAGGAAGAUGAUGCAACCAGAAAUUACAAUGCAUAUAUUGCGAGUGACCGAGGUCAGACGGGGGAUGGUCUCACAGAUCAGAGAAAAGCAGUCUGAAGGUCACAGGUCUAAUGAUAUUUAUACAUGUAAGGAUUCACAACAUCUGCACUUAAUGAUCACAAUCAAAGGAUUAGAAUCUCAUUUGAUAUUUAUAUAAUUAGUUACAUAUAUAAUAUGUAUAUACAAAAAUGUACAUGUAUUUGAUGUAUAUGCACUGUAUAUAAUGAGUGUGCACUCCUUGGGAUUUGUUAAUGGGCAGUCACUGUGGUAGAUUUUAAUGGUGUAUUUGCAUAUUGUAUCUCAAAUCAUACGAAAUGUAAUUUAAAACAUGUAUGAUAUCUAAAUGACAGAUUAUUAAUAACCCUCAGUCUCUACUUGAUAUUUACAUCUAUUUUCAACUUUAAUGAUAACGAUCCUCAUGAAAUUUUUGUCAUGGUUGAAACAGAUUAUAUCACAUAUCAUGCAUUUGAUAUAUUCUACAUUUUAUUGCAUAUCAUUGUGGAUUUUAAGUACUUGCAAACAUACGUGAAGGCUUUACAAUGUGAACUGGUUGUGGUUUGAAUUAGAAGGAAGGACAAGGUGUACAUCAAAUGCAGCGUGUUUAAUGCAUCUGUGUUAUGUAUUUACUCUGGAUGAUUUAACAGAGAUGAGAAAUAAUGAUCAACGAAAUUGUGUUGCGGUAAACUGGCUGUUGACGUUAGAUGAAAUACUGUGUGAACAGAAGCUUAGCCUCUGAUUUCCGUGUAUCCAGUGUGGAUUUUGUGAACUUGAGUUUGAUUUUCAGUUUGUUUACUGUCAUUAUACAUAGGAAAUAGUGGCUUCCAUCAUUGUUGUAUGAAAAUCUACAUUUUAAGGCUUUUUUAGUUCAUGUUUUUUCACUUCAAAGAUUUUCAUAUAAUUAUUUAGGCAUGUACGUCUUAUUACCGGUAUAUAAAAGGACAUUCGCGACAUUUAAUUUCUCGUAAUUUUUUUUCCAUCUCCUCGAUAUGAAGAGUUCUUGUAUGAUUUAUGAAAUAGGUUUAAUUUUAUAUUGUAGCAAUAUUACCACUUGUUGUAUAUUGUCGUGGGUACAUGUAGCUCAGUGGUUAGCUCACCUAACUAUAUAGUAAUGAAAGUGUCCUGGGUUCCAUCUCCAAUUUUUCCAAAGAUUUUUUCCCCUUCUUUGCGACAAUAACUAGUAUUCAAGAAGUCAUCAUUAUAUUCAUGUGGAAUAAAAAAAACAGACCAUGCAGCUUUUCCUCCGAUUUUGAUAGAUUUCAUAUUGUGUGCAAGUCUCGGGAGCCACUUUUCCCUGCAUUACCAGCUUGCUUUUUGUUGUUGUAUAUGUUAGAGACAUGUGCAUUGUAACACUGUUCCUGUGUUGAUUUUGUUUACAACUUCAUCCCAGAUGAAGUUAUUAAAGAAUGAUGUUUUAUUUAAUAAACAGUCAUGCAAAUUAA